AUGGAUGUACCUUGUGAUCAAUACAAGCUACUAACCCAAUCAGAACCAUGCACCAUGUUAAUCUAUGGUAUUUUAUCAACAGGAGAUCGACAGAGAAUGAUUUCUACUCCAGAUAAGCCGACCAAGGUCUUUAUUGGCGAUAACGUUUCAUUGCUUUGGCGGUACUAUAAACCUUCACAUCUAACUCUCUUUGAGGUCGUCUUUGGUUACUGGAAAAGUCCUGGUUACUUGCAUCCAAAGCUUAUAGCAGUCGAUUCAAAGGGGUUCAUAAGUGUAAGAGCAGGUUACGAGACAGCGGUGAGUUGGGAUGGAAAUCUGACAUCUUCCCUGGCAGUUUUUGUUUUAUAUAAUGUUCAGCCGGCCGACGGAAAUGUGGAUUUUGGUAUACAAGUUGAGUUUGGACUCGCGGACAAUCCAUUGAAAGACAUAGUCCAACUUCUAGUCGUGGCAAAACGUAGGUAGAAGCAUGUGGCUAUUUAUAUAUAUAUUUUUUCGUUAUUGUUAACUCCCCAUAAAAUAUAGACGAAUUAAAAUAUGAGCGAUGAAUUCAUGAUACCAUACUUUUUAUGUCGACUCCCUUAUAUAUCAACUACUUGGACUCCUCGAAUUUCUGAUCUGUUCCGACGAUUUUGCAAUUGGGGUAAAGAAACGAUUUAAAACUAAACUAUAAGAAAAUUAUUUUGGCGUCUUCAGUAUAGUUCCCACAUUUAUUCGUACGUAUACCUUCCCAUUUGGUGGCGACGCCCAGUUAAGCAUGUUUUCUCACCCUGCUUACCUCACACAAUUGCCUCACAUCAUUAUAUGAGGCAUCGCAUUCUUUUAACUUGGUUGCCUGCUCGUUCAUCUUUUUAGCUUCUAAGCGAUCUGGGAUUCAUGAAAAUCCUUCACCAACUUUUCUCUCUUUGACUGAACAUGUAGACCACCGCAGUGCGGUUUCAUUGCAAAUGCGUGGGCAUCAUAAGAUAAUUUUUAAGCUGAACUGACUCAGAGGAGUUCCAUAAAGCAUACAACUAUUUGCAUUUUAUUGAUUGUAGUUGUGCCUACAACACAGAAGGUCUGUAUCCAAAGUAUGCCUGUCGCUAACGUUUUGUGUCCUGUUGCUUUAAUUAUUCAACGUGGAUAAGAGUCCAUCCCACCUUUGGUCCAUCCUAUAUUUCCUAUCAUUGUUAGCUGUUAAUGGGACUCGGAAUGGCAUUGAUUAGGCCACAUUUCUAAAGCAGUAGACGUUGACAUUUUUAUAAGUCGUGCUGCUAAUGUCGAGCGAAGCUGAGCAAGAAAAAUGUAACUGACGCCCGGGAAAGGGGACAUCCAUCUUGGCGCCAUGAUUUCUUAAUACAGCUGCGAACGCCCUUGAAAAAUCUUCGAUACAUUAGAUUAUAGUAUAAUAUAACUUCAGCUUUCUGUUUAAAGGGAAAUAUCUUUAGAUCAGGGGUCACUUUCCAUUCAACAAAAAUUCGUGUUUGAAAUUUCGGAAAUUUGACAUGCGCAAUGGAACGAUACAUUCCGGUUGCACAGGCCCGACCCAGGCCACCGUGCGUUUGGUUAUUGUAAUUAUAUUGUAAGCAGAAUACAGAAGAGCAGUUCUGUGGACAACAAUUAUGUCAAAUGAAAAGGGACAUUUCAUUCCGACCGACCACCUGAAAUAUUAAUGACCGGAAAGGUCAAAUUUGACUAUUUUCAAAGGUGGUCCCAGAUACUCCGGUGGGACUGAACCAAAACGGGUCCGUCUUAUUUACCAUUUCUAAUGAAAUUUGCGGAAUUUUGAGCUGAAUGGAAAGUGCCUCCAGUUGACAGCGAGAAUCAGCGGUUUAACCAAGAGUAUGAUUCUAGUAGUAAAAAGUUGAAAGUUGAUCCAUUCUCUUGCCAUGAAUUUGUUUCUAGCCAUUGCAGAUUUGCCACGAAUCACCGACAUCACCACACCACCGAUCCUUAGAACGGGACAAAAUGUAAACCUUAGUUGUGUAGUCAGCGGGUUAUCUCUUCUCAGUGUCACGUGGCACAGAGGACGAAAUGUCGUCAGCAACCAUGGUAACGGUACUUCCACUGUGGUGAUCAGGCUACUUAAUAUCACUCAAGAAGACUGGGGCGAGUACACUUGUGUCACCCAAAACGAAGCCGGAGAAGACAGAAGAAAUGUUUUUCUCAGAAGUUAGUAGUUAGCCUAGUAAAGCUGUGAGACUAAAAAAUCGUGUCAUAAUGAAUAGCAAUCGGCAUAUAAGCGGCCUUUUUCAUAAUAUAGUUUUGGAUAACCUAAGCAAUACUGAAUGGAAAACAAGAGACUCGAUUUCCUUUCUGUAAUUGAUAAAAUCAAUAAGCUUUUCAGCAGAAUUCCGUGGUGCGACAAAGGAAAACCGUUUUAAGAUCACGAUUAACAAUAUUUCAAUGGAAUUUUGAAGCACUGAUCGCGAAAUGCUUAAUGUGAAUGCUAAACAUGGAGAAUAUGGCUUGUCAGCUGGGAUUUCAAAAUCAUGCUAUCAUGCAGUUAAGAUCUUAAGGGAUGGGAAUUCUUACGAUGGUAAAAUUAUGAGUCAGUACUAAUUUCUAGUAGAAUUAACAACAAGUUGCUCGGAAAACAAUUACACAACUUGAAAAACUAAGCCUUCAUAUUUUCAUUCUUAAUCUGAAGAAAAAAUACCUCUCCACAAAGCCAGUGAAUUACGUAUGUUUUCAUGGUUGCAAAUACACCUAUGGUUUUGUUCUGAUGUAUUGCAAGAGUGGUCCCUUAAAUAGGUAUUUCUACAUCAUAACAUUUUCUUCUCUCUAUCUUAAGUUCUCCCUGCAAGCCCGACGAUUCUUAACACAAACACAAAAGUCGUGAAUUCUAGUUGGACUCUUCGGUGGUCAGCGGUUUACAGUGAGGGACGCUUGGUGACGACCUAUACAGCUUGGCACCGAGUGUUGCACAUGACAAAGGUGGCAGACAAGGAUAUGACUCACAAGGAAUCCUGGUUACGAAAAAAUGUUUCUGGUUUUAUGUACCACAUAGAACUUGCUGCCUAUAAACGUUAUAUGUUCGCAGUAACAGCUUGGAACGAAUGGGGCGAAAGCGAAUUACAAAGUAGCAAAACAUUGAUAAUAUCUACAAAUUUUGCGGAUGUAACCAAUCGGAGAACCAAGACAACAGCGAAGUCACUUCACACAAGUACGAUAAGUUCAUCAGUUACAAGAAAUAAAAAAAUAUAUUCGGAAAAAUUUGCCUGCUCUAUGACAUGAAUAAUUUACCAGUAAUCGGAGACCUAUUUUAAAAGUGCAUAGGAUUCUAGGAUUGCCAAACAACAUUACAAGUUGCUGCGGAAAUAUUGAAGUGUAUGCCGUUUGAAAUGGCUGUGGCCUAAAUAAAGUUGAAUGUUAAGAGGACCACUAAAAAUACAAUUGUAUCAUAUCAUUGUAAAUUGAACCAAAUUGUCGUCAUCUCGUGUUAGCGGCUACCAAGUGUUACUUUGCCCAGCUAAACAAUAAAGGGAAAUACGUAUACACUCUGACAUAGAAGGUGACCACUGAUCAAAGACCCGUUAUUUAACGUUUCAAUUACAGAGAACUUACCACCUUUUUGGGUUAUUAAGUUUGCGCCAACGUUUAUGGUAUUGUUCGUGUAGUUGGGAAACCUCAUUAAAACCUUUUGGGGAGAACUCGUUCGUAACAAUAUUGUAGUUUUGUUCAGUACUAAUUUACAUGUGAGAGCUGUCUCUUCUUGGGUGAAAACCAUUACUAUACAAGCUUCUAUAAAAGUGUUUCUUUUAGAAUAAACUGGCGUUUCUCUUGAACAGUAUGCUAUACGGCCAACCUCCGUUUAGUUGCGUUACCGGCCUUCACCUCAAGGUUUAAAUCCAGCAACGAGCUGUGACCAAUACUGCUUUUAAUAACUACAUCACCAGUAUACCGUAAAUCCUCUGUUAAGCCCCCUGGGGGGAGGCUUAAAUUUUUCAAGCACUUUUGAGGGGGAGCUUAAUAGAGAGGGGGGGGCUUAAAAGAGAGAAGGGGCUUAUUUAAUUUAGCGAAACGCAUCACCUGUAGCAAAAAUACCGUGGUAUAAGACAGAGUAGACUUACGCGUUGUACAAUUAAAGUCACUGUCAAAAGUAUUUAAUUCACUUGUGGGAACCUAAAAGUAACAAAAACAAAAUUCUUAUUCGUCAAAAAUGUUUUUUCGGCCUCGUGUUCUUCGGUAAUUUUUAUUAAUAAACCAUAACUGAUCAGUCCACAUUAAUCGUUAAUUUUUUUGUGAAGAAUAAGGACUGGGGAAGGGGGAUGGGGGAUUAAUAGAGAGGGGGGCUUAUUAACUUUCCUCCUCUGAGAAGGGGGGGCUUAUUGGAGGGAGGGGGCUUAAUAGAGGAUUUACGGUAGUUUGGUUUACUUUUCCUUGCGGGGAGAAGUCGUUUUGAUAUCAUCUGUUUUUUCUCUAACAGAGGCUGCAACAGGGAUGUCACCAACGUACAGGGCUAACAUGAAAGAUGAGAUGAAUUACAAUGUCACCCUCGUAAGCAUUAUGAUUGCCAUUGCCUUAUCUUCCUUGCUUCUAGGAGGAAUCUACUGUUUACGCAGAAAAUCUGUUUGUAGAAAGGAAAAAGAAGAACGUAAGUCAACUAAAUUUUUUACAGUUCAUGUCAUCUGUGUUCUUUCAAAAAAUAACUCAUUUAUUGCAUGAUGUCCAUAGUAAUCUCUGUCCUGAUAUAAGAAUCCCGAGUCCAGGUUCCACUGACAAGAAAUCGGGAAUUCACAGCGUGGAGCCACAAUCCUAGACUGUCUAUAUACUGGCUAUGAAUACCUAACAUGGGGCGAAAGAUACCUUACAGUCCUUCCAUGGGGCGAAUCAGCUAACAUUUCAUUGCUCAAUUUGUUGCUCAGUACAUUGCUACUAGCGAACAGGCUUGAUGAAAUGUAAUUAUGUAUAUGUGGUACGUAAAUAUCUCCACGUACACAAACAAGGACAUUUUGAGCAUAGAUUCUAACAUUGAUUCUUUCUUUUCCAAUUUAAUAGGUCAUCAAGAAAUCAGAGCGUAUGUAUUUUAUAUUUUGAAGAAAACGUUUAUCCGUCAUUCGUCUUUCAUCGUGGGGUUGUGGAUUCAAUUCAUUUAAAAAAUAGAUUUUACUUGGACGGAAACAUUGGACAUUAUUUUUUUGCUUAGAAAAGGAGUAAGUGACAGUCUACAGACUUCAAUAUGUGUGUGUCUACUGGGAGAUUUUGAAAAAGCGUUAUUUAUCUACUGUGUUAUCAGCUGUGAGCGAGCGCAUUACCAUGCAGCGCACGGGCUUUUUCAAAGCACCGCGAUCUAAAAACGUAAUUUUGCUAUCGCCAUUUCAGUCGUGUUAAUCCAACGUCUUUAUUCCCAUAGGUGCACUAAGAAAUCUUGAAAUGCUAACUUGAAAAAAAAACGUAGAACAGUGACUAGUUGCUUCUAAUUGGCAAAUUUGUAACUGGGGAACCCAAACUCUACUUUCUGUAAAAUAUCUGUUCGAAGAAGCAAAUUAAAUCAGAUUGCUUGAAAUUUUCCGUAAGUGACAUGGUGGAAGGCUACGAUUUCUGAAGUCCAGUUUUUCACAUUUCACUGCCUAGGUGUAGCUAUAUUUCGAAGAAAAAGGAAACCUAAUACUUUAGGAUUGGAAAUUUGAUGGAUUAUUAAAGGAAUCAGUAAUAUUUUAACCUUUGUGAAACUUGGAGUUGAAUCUAAAGUUCUGGGAAAAUAAUACUGAAGCCAUUGUAAUUUCGAAAAGACUCACGUUGCCCUAGGACUGAACCGAACAGAUACAAACUUUAUAGCGCCACUUUGAAUGCAAAACUCUAUUCCGGCUAUUUGGUCAUUUUCAGCCAAGCUGAGGGCCCUGUCAAUCGUAAAUAGAUGACUUCGAAACGAAUACUCGAAAGUGAAAAAUUGUAAUCUAUACUAUCUGUUUUAUGCCGCAAGAAAAAAUACCUUUAUUUUUUUUUCAGAAUAACAAGAUUGUCCCUUACAUCCCAAGAGAAUAGAUCCUCUGAUUUGGUGAGAUCCCUUUUUUCAUUUCUCUCGGCACUUUUCUUCUUUUAGAUAAAAGUAUUUUAAAAAAGCCGUUAAUUUUGUAGAGAUUGCUUAGCAGCGUUUCAGUAUUAAUGUAUUCAGAAGGUUUUUCGCGAGAGGGUUAACCAGUCCUGCCCUUAAAAAAAUUCGGGGUCGUUUCAGUUUCCACCCUCUACCACUGCCAACACUGAAUGGUUUUCGUCCUCUUUUUUUAAUUUACUACUUUUAGAUCGGAAAAAAUGAUAAGAUGAUCAUGUUUCAGUUUAUUAGGGCCCAACUUUAUUCCCCAGUCUCGUCGGUUUGCUUUCAUAAAUAUUUUUAUGAAUAUAGGAAUUUAAUAGGGAUAAACGACAGUCAAAACCUGCUUUACGGACACCUCAUUAUUACGGACAGUUUGCUUUGCCCUUGGGAAAGAAAGUCCUUAUAUUUUCUGUAACUUCAACACGCUUAAUGCGGACACUUUCCAUUGCUCCCUCAGUGUCCGUAUUUAUUUAACGGGGUUUUUCCUUAUUUGUUGCAGGUUCAAGGAAAUGAUAUGAAUGAAAGACACUCGGUGACGUCAUUAGAAUUGCCAGUAGGUACCUUAGAAUCGAACAGGGCUUCAGAACAAUUGUCAGCAACAGUGACAGAAAGUCAAGUCGGAGAGAAUUGUGAACAAAGAAGCGCUGGCAGAGUUUUUGCACUGACAUCGUUCCAUCCAGAAUCAAACGAUCUCACUCGAGCAGUUACUUCAAAUCAGGUGUCCAGUGCUGUGAAAGCAACUGAAAAUCGCCGUGUUAUCAAAGGAAUAAGGGAUAGUCAGGCUCUUAUUACUGGGUAUAUCAACCCUGCUAAUCCUGAAAGGGACAACCAAGUUGUCAUGGAAACUAGUAAGAGAACAGGUACAGUAAUGGACGGAAGCAUUCAAGAGAUCAAUCAGGAAACGAGAGCAGUCAAGGAGUCAGAAACCUUUCGGAGAAAUCAAUUUGAAACUGGUGUAUGCCAUCAAAAUUCAAAUUCUGAGAAUUACCUUCAACCAGUGGACAGUGAAAAUUUGCAACUGAGGGCUCAAACCAGUCGCUGCACUUACGAUAGAAAAGCCCAUACCUUCCAAUCUAGGCCUCGGCUAGAACCAAGGUUGAAGAUUAUCGGUAAAAGUGUCACUGAAAGCUUCCAACAUAAGGAUUCAUCAUUAACUCUGCCACCGUUAAAUACGCGAUGUACAGAUACACGAACUAGAAUGGCUGAGGGAUCAAAUUGUACAAGCCCUCGGACGAUAGCUUUUCACGGAGCCACCGGCUAUCAGAAUGAUCAAUGUCUAAAGUCUUUCUACCAGAACACAGCGGGGAAAACUGGCUCUACAUUGAAGCCGCAUAGCAAAGUUGAAUCCCCAUACACGCCAGUGCUUUUUAACACCAACUGGGAGGUUUCAUGCAAUCAUUUGACAUUAUUUGAAAGAAUUGGUGGUGGGUCGUUUGGCCAAGUGUGGAAGGGUGCGGCGUGGGAAGUAAAUGGUGCCAAAAGCUGGUCCGUGGUGGCCGUUAAAAUGCUUAAAGGUGAGGUGAGACCCCUGUCACUGGCUAAUCUACACGUUUUAGAGCACCGGUUAGUACCCGCUGGUUAUAGAUGUGAUUCCAACAACAACAACAAAAUACAAAAAAAACAAAACAGAUACCAGGGUUAGUCCAACUUAAAUUGGAUACAUCAAACUGGAAACGUCAAUAUCCUAAGCUAAGACGCUAAAUUUCUCUACCAUUAGAAUAAUAGAAUGAAUUUUUCACUUCAAUCCUUGUAAAUGCUACCCUCAAUUUCUUAAAAAACAGCCGAAAGAGUCUGAGGAAGGAGCGAAGAAUUUCCAUUCUGAUGACUCGACAUCAGGAUAGUGCUUCUGAUUGGUUCAAAAUUUUCUUCAUCCAAUCAGAGGCACGUGUCAUCAGUAUGGAAUUCUGCGCUCUUUCCUCGGAUGUCAUUUCAUCAAAAGGGGAAAAUGGCGGUGGUAUCGUCGCGGAAUGUCAACUUUGUUUUCAAAUUUUUCUGAUUUUAAUACCCUUACAAGGCACGCCCUUCAAAGUAGCAACAGUAAGAGUUCAUGGGCCAAACAAGCCCGCAAACCAUUUCACACAAAUGAAAAUUAUAUUUGAAUUGUAGAAAAAUCUUCCAAGUCCGAUCUCAAGGACCUUUUGUCUGAAUUGGACUUGUUGAAGAAGCUUAAACCUCAUCCUAACGUCAUACGAUUGCUGGGAUGUGUGACCAAAGAUGUGGUGCGAUGCCGGGGAAAGAUGGAGUUCAGUAAGUUCAUGCUUAAAAAAAGAUAGAGUUAAUACUGAAAAGUAGUAUUCUGUUGUAAAAGGUAUAAUCAUUUUUUCCUCUAAGUUCAACACUGUUAAUAUUCGUGAGCAAUAUUCGUGUAACCUCUUCCGCUGCAAGAUUUAAAUCGUUUAGCAAAGGUAAAGCCAAAGUAAAUAUCAUACUAGGGUAUCUAAAAGAUAUUAAUGCCGCAGAACUGCAUUCUGUUAAUACUGACAUUAAUUAGGCAGUCAUCCAUCUGCUUGCGUGAGACUUAAAAGAAAAUGACAUUGAAUGUCCUAUGAUUUACAUGUUGGAAUGUAAUAAUUACUAUCAGUAUAUACGAGAAAGAACUGGUGGGAAGGUUGUCUAGAAAAUGAUCAAAUGGUUUUCAACUCUGGUUUUCCCACAGUAAAUUGUAGAAAAUGAUAGAAAUUCGGAUUGUUUAUCCACAUAUUAAUUUUAAUAUACGGUGUACUAGCUUUUCUCUUGAAACACGAUACUUUUCUUGCUGUUUAUGCACUUUAUUAAAUAACAGUUACUUAGGCAUAUAUAUGUAUAGAAAACAACAACAAAAAAAAAAAGAAAGAAAGAAGGAAAAAAGAAAAGGAACCGAGUAAGACUCGAUCCGCAUUAACCGAGCUAUUAGCAGAAGUAAAAAAAAACAAAACAAAAAAAACGAUGUAAACGCAUUCCAUGGCAAUGAAUGAAUGAAAGAACACAAUUAGGCUUUACAAAACGCCGAAACGAGUCCUCGUCUGCAAAGUAGGACGCAAAACAUAUGUUUGGUUAUCUCGAUUUCCGCUGUUAUUUUGAAGCUAAUGGUCAAAAUCACAUCCAUUUUCGGCUCAUACAGGUACCUAAGAAUAGCAUGGCAUGACAUUGUCUCACUUUCACGUCAUCUUCUAGCAAGUAUCCCCCGUGCUGUCAGUAAGUUAGAAGAGCAAAUGCUCAUCAUCUCGUCAAGUUUAACGCCUGGACGAGUCAAAGGCUCUUGAAAUCCAAUCCCAAGUUAACNAAUUGAAAAAAAUGAAAGAAAUUCCGAUUUUUUUUCCAACUAUUAAUUUUAAUAUACGGUGUAAUAGCUUUUCUCUUGAAACACGAUACUUUUUUUGCUUUUUAUGCACUUUAUUAAAUAAAAGUUACUUAGGAAUAAAUAUGGAAAGAAAACAAAAACAAAAAAAAAAAGAAAGAAAGAAGGAAAAAAGAAAAGGAACCGAGUAAGACUCGAUCCGCAUUAACCGAGCUAUUAGCAGUAGUAAAAAAAAACAAAACAAAAAAAACGAUGUAAACGCAUUCCAUGGCAAUGAAUGAAUGAAAGAACACAAUUAGGCUUUACAAAACGCCGAAACGAGUCCUCGUCUGCAAAGUAGGACGCAAAACAUAUGUUUGGUUAUCUCGAUUUCCGCUGUUAUUUUGAAGCUAAUGGUCAAAAUCACAUCCAUUUUCGGCUCAUACAGGUACCUAAGAAUAGCAUGGCAUGACAUUGUCUCACUUUCACGUCAUCUUCUAGCAAGUAUCCCCCGUGCUGUCAGUAAGUUAGAAGAGCAAAUGCUCAUCAUCUCGUCAAGUUUAACGCCUGGACGAGUCAAAGGCUCUUGAAAUCCAAUCCCAAGUUAACCAUCGUACUCAUCUGAAAGACUCCUGCGUGUCUUAAAUUUGGUAAGAUCUCUAACCGUGCUUUGACACAAAGAAAACUCUGAGCCUGAACAGCGAACUCGAACUUCCUCGUGUUUUUAUUAAAGUUUUUCGUGGCGCAAUGCAUUCUGGUAAAAAGUGGCGCGGUGCACUCUGGCUAAAUGCAAUGCAUUGUGGUAAAAAUCGAUGAAUUCGAGAAUUCGUCCCAUAUAUUUCUCUUAAAUCCUGAUUACGUUGCUGUUCGCUCCCUACAGUCGCUUUGCAGCAACUAGAUUUCAUGACCAGAACAGGACUUCUGAGUGAAGAGAAUUUUUUUACUUUCUUGGGUUUCAAACAUUAUUGCACGCUCAAAUGUACUUUUUUAAAACUAUUGGCAAAGAAUUUUUAGCCUAGAAUGCUUUCGAUAGCAUUGUUAAGUUAAAGAGAUAUUUUUUUUAAAAAAAGCGCCUAUUUUCCUUGAGCUCCCGAUAACUUGAACUUUUUCCAAUUUCAAAUGAAGGUUCGAGUUAUCGGGAGUGAGUCGACUGUACAUCUUACAAAGAAAUUGAAAUAUGAUAAUAAAUGCUAGCCUAAUUGAUAAGAAUUCUGAACAUACAUGUAGAUAGCAAUUUGCUAUUUACAUUUAUAAGCUUGCGGUUAUCUCAGAGAUAAUAAUUGCAGUUUUGCGCUUGAUUAAGGCCCCUUCCACAGGUAUCUGGAUAUUUUUGAAUCCGCAAAUCAUCCUAGCCUUGCGGAUUCAAAAAUUUCCACGUUCAUACGUAGCGUAUUUAAAUCGAGUUUGCCCGGCCACACGUAUCCGGAUUCACUUUCAGUCGACGUCACCCAGCUAAUUUGUAAAGCUAGCGCUAUGUUUGGCUCAUGGGAAGUUUUCUCUUCAUUCUUCUUCAAUAACUGUAUCGCUGACAAAGUUGUCCCUCAAGCUCUACUUUGCUAGUUUAACUUUCGUCCGACGUGGAAAGAAGCCUCAGAAUGUCGAGCAGCCGUUUGGCAUCGUAAUCAUAGCUAGGUUUAACUGCACACACGUUAUAAGACUUUAAACCGAAGUCCAAGAAGCCAGAGGCGACAACAUUGCGCUCCGCACCAUCUUGAACACAGUGGAAAUUCUCCUUUGAGACACCUUCAUUAAGCGACACAAACUCUGGUCCCGGAAAAACGUUCACAUGAUCUUUGCAUUUGUUACCUCUAUUAAUUGAAGGGUCACCUCUUUUCAGAAAAAAGGGACACUUUUUUUGGGUUCCGAAACUCGGGUUUAACCUUUAUUCAGGGGACACCUUAGCGUUCAAACUAGAGUGAUUGACCUUAAAAAUCGCUGAUAAAUUUAAGUAUUCACUGGUCACAACGGCUACAGAUUUCAAGGUAAAUGAACUAUCUCACUUGAAAUCGGUGUACUGCACUUGUGGGAAUUCAACACACAACAAUGCAGAGAUAAGUUAAUCGUGAUUUUUUUUAUUAUUAUGCAGCUACUUGAAAUAUUAAUGACUUCAGCAGAUUCCAAGGCAGAAUAAAAGAAAUAUAUUUUAUUUGUCUGUUAAUUAUUAACAAACCCCAGCCCAACCUCUAUUCAGGGAACACUUGCCUUGGUCCUGAGGGUGUCCGCUGGAUAGAGGUUCUACCGUAUUCACGGUAAAGAGCUGGGCUCGAUUUUGUUACGUCACUGGAUAAAAAAUAUCCUGAUUUAGUGUCCACACGAUUCCGGAUUCAUAGCGUAUUAAAAAAUUUCCACUUUGGAGAGCGGAUUCAAAAAGUUGCGGAUUCGUAUGGUGAGUUGCGGAUUUAAAAAAUAUCCGGAUACGCGUGGACUAGGCAUAAGUUUCUUCCCAUUUUUUUUUUUAAGGACCACCUCUUGUUAUCCUGGAAUUUGUUCCUCAUGGCGAUCUUCUUGGAUAUUUAAGAAAAAGUAAUGGAGAAAAUGAUGAUUUCUAUGAUUUAAGAAGCAAGGAGGUGCCAUCAAAGAUACCAGAACGACAACUUUACCAAUUCUCAGCUGAUGUCGCCCGUGGAAUGGAAUUUAUCUCGGCGCACCAGGUUUGCUGAUCUCCAUGAAUGCUUUGCCUUUUCGCUGUUUCCAGAGAUAUAGAUAUGGAUUGCUUGUGUAGAGACAAGAAAGAUUACGGGAACGUUAAGCAAAAGCAUUAAAUUUGUCUUGACGAAGCUAGAGAAGUUAGUUACAGCGCAUGCCUUGGGAGGCGUAGGCUCAGUGCUCUUGUUGUCGCCAACUUAAAUCUGAAAACAGGGGAGUCGGAUUGGUUAGAUUCCCCCACAAAAUAUUCAUCGAUGCGGAUACCCAAAAAAAUUAGGUACUCGUGCGCCCAGUAAAAACGCUGGCAAGUAUACAGUUCAGCGAAGAAGGAACUAUAUAGUACAGUUUGAGCUCUACUUGAGCUGGCGUUUAAGAAAAACAAUCAAUCCAUCUUUGCAGCUUAGAAGGAUUUUCGUGGCGAGUGCUUUUCGUGAUUUUCGACACCUCCGUUUAAACGCACAACGAAACGAUACAAACAAAAGCCCAGGCAUAAGAGAAUGAAAAUAUGUUUCGUUACACAGUUUGUUAUGGCUCGUGAUUCCGACCUUUUGCCCGCAAUUUUAAGCUUAGAUGACGCAAACAUAAGGAAAAGCACAAUGCUUGCGNACCUCCGUUUAAACGCACAACGAAACGAUACAAACAAAAGCCCAGGCAUAAGAGAAUGAAAAUAUGUUUCGUUACACAGUUUGUUAUGGCUCGUGAUUCCGACCUUUUGCCCGCAAUUUUAAGCUUAGAUGACGCAAACAUAAGGAAAAGCACAAUGCUUGCGUCAUAAGAAAUUUGUAAGCAAACUUUUUUUAUGUAAUGAUUAAGUACAUUAUUAUUUCUGGUCGUAGCUUAUCCACAGAGAUCUGGCAGCUCGAAACAUCUUAGUCGGUGAAGGGCUGCGCUGUAAGAUUACCGACUUUGGCAUGGCAAGGGACCUGGGCCGAGAGGAAAUCUACGUUAGAAGAUCCAAUGUAAGUACGUAUAUAUAACAAAGACCGCUGUCCUUUAUGCCAAAUCGAAAAUAAAUUUCCUGCCGGCUACGAUUAAUUUAAGAUUGCCUGUUUGAUAGCCAAGCGCACAUCGUAAGCCGUACCUUAACUGCGCUGUGAUUCACAGCUGUCAAUUCUAUUUCGCAACAGACAAUGCCCCCAAACGAUUCCUGAAUUCAAGGUUCUGCGUUUUAUUGACAGGGUCUGAUGCCUGUGAAAUGGAUGGCAGUUGAGUCACUAAUAAAUCAAGUUUAUACUACAGAAAGUGAUGUGUAA